AUGGAUCCAGUCAUAACACCCCCUGCAAAGCUUCAGGCAUCCCUUAGCAGGAGGAUAACAGAGAAAAGCCGGAUUCCUAAAGAGCCGGGAAGAAAUGAGCCGGGGGCAGGGGCAGCAGAGAAGCGUCCCCACACUGCAAGUUACGACGGUGGAGCUGCGCCCUCUGCAAUCCGAGCUGGGAGAAGCGGAAACUCCUUCACAGAAAGCCCGCCGUUGGCACAAGUCACGAAGUUCCUCAGAGUCCUCCGGGGAACACCCCAAAAGCCUCCCAGAAUCCAUCUUUCGCGUGGAGGGCUCCUUCAAGAGGACAACCCCGGCCACCGCGCCAGCACUGCAGGAAACUGGGGAUGGGAGACCCUGCCUCACCGUCCUCGGCCGCGGCCGCAGGUCGCCCACCAGAUUCCCCAGCCCCGAGCGCCCCGGGAGAGAGGCGGCCGGAGGGGCGGCGCCGCGCGCUGGGGUCGCCCCUCCACUUCCCCUCCCCCUCUCCGAGCCCCGGAGCCCGCACCUGCCGCGCAGAGCCAGCCGGGUGCGCGCGCCCCCCCCCCCGCCCCCGCCGGCCGAGAGCGGCCGCCGGACACUCACCUAGGUCGAAGCGGUAGCUGGGGACCAAGCCGUGCGACCCGGCCCAGGUCCCGGUGUGGGCGGCAGCGUGCUCACGCCGCAUCAACCGCGGCGGGGAGGACGAGGAGGCAUUGCCCCUGCUGCGGCGAGUCCGCCCGCGGCCUCCCCCGCCCCCACCGGGCAGGAGCGCUCCCCGCGGCCCCCUUCCGGCUGCGGAGGACAAUUCUCCGGAGUCUCCGCGCGCGGCCCGGCGCAGCAGACCUCUCACAGCUCGCGUUCGCCGCGCAGCUCAGUAACAUCCACCUCUGGGGCUUUUCUCUUGCAGCCCCCUUCCACGAACCAAAAAAAAAAAAAAAAAAAAAAUCCCUUCUGGGGGGCCCUCGAGUCUCCCAGGAAAGCGAGCUGGGGAGCGGUAGAGAGAAGAGUUCGUGACGGGCCCACAGGCUGGCACGCCGUGCUCCGCGCACUUGGACGCGUAGCGCGCUCAGCCGCCCGGGCGGAGAGUAGAGCGGGGUGGGCCGCUCGCCAGCUCGCCCGCCGCCCGCAGCCC